AUGGUUGACAAUGCGAUUUCCGAUGAUUUCGCUGUGGCCGGUGUAAUGAAGGAAGUGUUGCGCGUCCUUCCAUUCUGGAAGAUCUUUGUAGAGCUACGCGAGGCGUACGGCAGGAAACCAACAGUGGUUUCCUGUGAUGUGUCUAUAAAGAGUCGUAUGGAAUGCUCACAUUUUAUAGGCGUUGAUGUGCUAUGGGUACAGUCGGAAAUUGUUCUUGUAAAUUGGCGAAGACCACCAAAAAGAAAAGGAGUUCCAAAAGACAUUCCGAACCAAUAUGUCGAAAUAAAAGUAAGUUUUGGGUCUAUGCACUUUGUUCACCGAAAUGCUCACCUUAUCGGAUAUGACCAAAGUUACCAUUUACAAUCUGUCGUGCUUUUACAACGACCUGAACAACUGCAAUGUAUAGCGGGGAAUAUGGUUCAUUUCGCCUUUCUUGUAUACGGAAUGCUUCAACUCACUCUCCGUAAUCACUCCGUGGAAGCGCAUGAAACUCUUCUGCCCCCUUCUACCUCAACAGUUCUAAUCCUUGGAAUGGGAGGAAAUAGCAUGGAGUGUGGACUACGUUAUAUUCUUGGUUCUCAAGCUCAUAUCUACGUUGCAGAGAUUGAACCUUCAGUGGUACGCAUCUGUAAGUCUUCUGGACAACUGAAAGAAAAUACUGAAACUCAUGUUCUUAUUCAAUCUGCAGAAGGUGCUCUGCAGAAUUGUCCUGAAGAGUGUAGUUUUAUCUUCAUGGAUGUAUUUGAACCACUUAGUGGAUGUAUGAUAAAUUCCAUGAAUUUAAUAGAAAAAGCUUUCCAACGUCUGGCAACGAAUGGUAUACUUGUCAUUAAUGAGCAUAGUCUUCCCACUACCAAAGAUAUUUUACCUUUAAUAGAAUUAUUCGGAGACGGUAACGUACAGUUUAUCAAUGUUCGCGGUUGGAAUGAAAGUGUCAUAACAGCAGUAAAACCUGGUGGGAAAUUUGACGGACACGGAGUGCUCUGUUCAAAGAGGCUUGCAUACGAAGUACUACAUAGUUAUGAUAAACCAUUUCCAGGAUGGAUGCCAAGAAACACUUUCAUCGAACGAUCUAAAAUAUUAUACGCCAAAACUGAAUCAAAAAUACUUCAUGCACGAGAAUGGAUAUCCUAA